AAGAUGAAGGCCGUCCAGGUGAUCUCCUUGACUCUGCUGUGUGUUGUGGCAGCCAGCGCUCAGGUCUUUGUGCCUGGAAAAUGCCCCAAGCCCGCUGUUCAGGAGAACUUUGAUGUUACCAGGUACAUUGGAAAGUGGCAUGAGAUCCAGAAGCUGCCAAACGUCUUCCAGAGGGGUGAGUGCGGCACCGCCACCUACAACCUGAAGGCCCCUGGAGUCGUUGGCGUCCUCAACAGUGAGCUGCUUGCUGAUGGUAGCAUUAACUCCAUCACUGGCUCUGCUAAGGUCAAGGAUCCAUCUGAGCCUGCCAAGCUGGAGGUUUCCUUCUAUGAGUCAUCUCCCCCUGGUCCCUACUGGGUGCUGUCCAGCGACUACGAGGGUCACUCCCUGGUCUACGGCUGCACCGACUACGGCCUGUUCCACAUGGAGUUUGCCUGGAUCCUGAGCAGGCAGCCCACCCUUCCUGAGGAGACCAUCGAGGAGCUGCACAGCAUCAUGACCGCCUAUGGCAUCAGUGUGCACAAGCUGACCUCCACCAACCAGGACGAGGCCUUCUGCACAGCCAUGAACCAGUAA